AUGUCGCAAAGCUGUAUCUCUUUGGCCAAUUCACGGACGUGCCCGGCUUUUAACGCGUCGUCGGUCGCAACGACUGGAGUCGCGGCCAGCCUUUUUCCUUUUCUCUCCGGAGUCAACAGUGUCGACUCCUUUGAUACUGCCCUGGACGUCUACAUCAGGACCAGUUAUACUCAGACCAAAUAUCAAACUUUAAUAGGCUGUUCUAACGUUCAGCUGGGUAAUACUACCGCAUACUAUGCAAGAUAUACCGCAUCCUUCCUUUGCAAUGCCAUCAUCCAAAAUUCGAUUUCCGCAUGUGGACUUAGCGGAGUAUCGACAAGACCUCUCUGCGCCGACUCUUGCGCAGCCUGGGCCCAGAGCGAACAACGCAUCGUGGCAAGUGAUGUCUGCGGCAAUGCAGGCCCUAAUGCUCUCACACAGAUCCGAGCAGACUUCACCAAUUGCGCUCUUCCCGCGAACUCGUUGACAGGAUCCUGCAUUCAAGCCGUGGUCAACGAACCUAGCAAUUGCGGCUUCAACACCAACUUGGGGGGCUUGUGCUCGUACUGCUCCGCCAGCUCUCCUAACGCGACUGAUUCGUGCUGCGUAUUCUCCGACACUACCACCCGAUGCCAAGGUGUUGUCCUUCCGGUCGUGGCGACUGCUUCGCUUCAAGCCGUCACUGUCACUGCCACGACUAGUACCACAGCAACGGUGACGCCGUACGGCAACAGCUUCGAUUCCAACCACCCGGGUCUCACCAAGGGUCAAAUCGCUGGUAUCGCUAUUGGAUCCAUCUUAGGUGCAUUCUUCCUGCUCUUCCUCAUCAUCGCUGGCUGUCUUCUGCUUAAGCGUCGUCGUGACAACAGCCCUCCGACGAGCAUUUUCAACCAACCUGCAUCCGGUCGUGUCCCUUCGCAAAUGUCGGAAAUGUCAUAUCACGAUGGUGCUGGCGAUGCUGAGAGAGCCGGUGUCGCUCUCUUCCCAGGCGGUCGCGUCGCUCGCAUGGCAGCACUCGAGGGUAGCAAUGCUUCAGAUCACGGCCACGAUCCUUAUGUCCUUGGCUCCUACACCAAGUCCAUCUCCGAUGAUGGAAUGGAAGAUAGCCAUGGAGCUCACUUGGCUGCACUUGGUCCACCGCCUCAACGAACUGGCUCGCUGACAAGUUCCUCUCAUCUUGAUCCCGUAAGCCGUGGCGGACUCACAUCCUCCAGCUCAAACAACCACUCCCCCAAUGGCUCCAACAACUACUACUCUUCCCCCGAAUCGCGACAACAGAGUGAGCAACUGGACUUCUUCAAGGACUACUACAGUAACGACUUGGUCCACCCCGGCGAUCAAGUCGCUACUCUGUGGGCCUAUGAGCCGCGUGCACCGGAUGAAUUCCACCUGGAGCGAGGUGAUCUUGUCAAGGUCAUUGGUAUUUGGGACGACGGCUGGGCGACGGGCGUACGGAUACGUGGAGCGAGGGCAGAGGACUGGAGACCCGACGAGAAAAUUCAACGAGACAGUGGGUUGAGUGGUGCCGCUCGACCUAGCACCAAUGCUACGAUGGGCAGCGUUGCCGACGAUGGUGAUGUCAAGGCUUUCCCUCUGGUCUGUGUAUGUCUGCCACAGCAUUGGCGCAAGACCAUCGAGGGUGAUACGACCGAUAUCUCCGGCGGUGUGGUCGACCCAUUCUGA